AUGUCCAACAUCGCCGCAUUUUUUGGCAACACGCCUAUAGCCCAACUCCUGCGAGAAGCGAGCCAGCUGCCCGAAGAUUGGAGACCAUUGAAGAAGGACACCAUGGAUGCACUGGCAGAGUUGGUCAUGAACCACAUGACUACAAAGGACGGUGUAGAAAAAGAUGUCCAUAACACCAACUCACACAGCAUUUGCACGAAGGGCAGCUGCAUCUUGGGUAUGGGGGAAUACUCUCAAGAUCUUUUCCGAAACGAGUUACCGAAGCUUGACAAGAUCUGGAACGAGUUCAGCGGGACGUACGAGAUGGUCUUUUUCAUGAGCGGACAUCAUCAUCUAUGUGAUUAUGUCUAUGAAGUUCCGGUGAAGUCGAGCCCCCGGCCGAGUCCGACGACCCAGACUGGAGAGCGCAUUUUCGGCAAGUCCGCUGCCGCCGCAGCAAGUCGAAAGCGCCGGGCUACAGACGGCGAUCGUGCAACUUCCAAGCUGUUAAACGGGUCGCGAAAUUCCCGGUGA